GGGCAGCAGGUAUCAAACGCCGAUCAACGUUUGGACACCUUAUUCAUCUGUAGCUGUUACUUGAAAACCCUGCAUUAUGAGCCUGAGACUGUGCCUGCUGGCAUGCCUGAUUGCGGCCACCUGUGCCUCCAAGGAUGAGCUGAAGCCCUCCAAGUGGCUAUCCGCCAAUGAGCUGGAGAAUGUGCCUUCAUUGAACGAUAUCUCCUUUGAGCGUUUGGAGAACAUGCCACUGCAAAAGGGCGCCCAGUUGAUGCAGAAACUUUAUCACAUUUCUCACAUCAAGCAUGAUCUGACGCCCAACUUUGUGCCCAGCCCCAGCAACAUUCCAGUGAAGAUCGUCAAGUCCAAUGGCGAGCGUGUCGAGGCCAAGCUGAACAACUAUGUGGAGAAGGCCAAGGCUCAGCCCGGUUUCGGUGAAGAUGAGGUUACCAUUGUGCUGACUGGCUUGCCCCAGACAACGCCCACCAUUAAGAAGGCCAUGCGCAAGCUGGAGCAGGCUUACCUGCAGCGUUACAAUCUCCAGGAGCAGCAGAAGUACGCACAGAACGAGCAGAACCAGAAGAACAAGGACUACGAGACCACCUCCAGCGAGGAGUCAUCCCAGGAGUGGAAAUCAGCCAAGACCACCAGCGGCAAUUUGAUCAUCAUCGACUUGGGCUCCACUCUGACCAACUUCAAGCGCUACGCCAUGCUCGAUGUGGCCAGCACCGGUGCCAUGAUCGCCCAGACUCUGAUUGAACUGACCAACAAGGGUGUGCCCCAUGAGAUUAUCCAUGUGAUUGGACAGGGCAUUGCUGCUCAUGUUGCUGGUGCCGCUGGUCAGGAGUUUACCGCUCACACUGGCCACAAGCUGCGUCGCAUCUCUGGUCUGGAUCCUGCCAAGCUUCUGGCCAAGUAUCGUGACAACCUUGUUGGUUUGUCGCGCGGCGAUGCCGAUUUCGUUGAUGUCAUUCACACCUCCAGCCUGGCCAUGGGUACCCCCAUGCGCUGCGGUGAUGUUGAUUUCUACCCGAACGGACCCAUCCAGGGUGUGCCCGGUGCCGAGAAUGUCAUCGAAGCUGCUAUGCGUGCUACCCGCUACUUUGCCGAGUCCGUGCGUCCAGGCAGUGAGCGUAACUUCCCCGCCGUUGCCGCCAACUCGCUGAAGCAGUACAAGGAGAAGGAUGGCUUUGGCAAGCGUGCAUACAUGGGCAUCGAGGCCGAUUUCGAUCUGAAGGGCGAUUACAUUCUGGAGGUCAACGAGAAGAGCCCCUUCGGCAAGCGUGCUCCUGCCCAGAAACAGAUCUCAUAUCACGGCCUGCGCCAUGAGGUCUAAGUCACCAACAAAAACAACGAAAUUGCAUUAAUUAACAGAAAACAAAACCAUUUUUAAUAUAUAAUAAUAACAAUCAAUAAAUAAACAGAGCAUAUUUUCUAAA